AUGGAUCAAUGGGAGCGCGCCUCUCAAUUAUUAAUUUCAGCUGGUGUCGGUGUUAGUCGAACGAUUGGUGGUCUUCCACUUGAACAUCCGCUCGAUACAAUUCGCACACGAUGGCAAGCAAACCCAACGCAGUCUCGUAAUGCUCUUCAAGUAACCCGUGAAAUAUAUAUGUCAAAAGGUUUUCUCGGCUUCUACUCGGGUGCCAUUCCAAAUACGACUCGACGUGCUGUCAAACAAAUGUAUCGUUGGCCAAUGAUGCUUUUCUUUCCCAAUUUCUAUCGAGAUCAUGUUCUAUCUACUCGCAUUCAACAGAACUAUCCACGUUUACCAAAAAUUCUUACUGGUCUUUCCAUAGCGAAUUUCGAAAUUCUUGUUAUCAAUCCUCUUGAACGUCUCAAAGUCUGGCUUAUGACUAGUCCAACACGCCUUAGUCUCAUCGAAUUCUUUCGACAACGAGCAGAUAGUCGAGACAUCAUCCGAGAACUGUAUCGAGAAAUCUUCUUACUUUCACAACAAAAUGAUGCAUGUAAUGUAUGA